AUGUUAUCACAGUUGCUUGUUCAAGGCAUCAACGACGGAACUUUCCCAAACAAGAAUUUCCAGGGAGCCGCUAUUGGUAACGGCUUCAUGAACGUCAAGUAUUUGUUGAACUCUCUUGUAUUGUGGAGCGCAUAUCACGGCCGAGUUUCUCUCGAUGACUGGAAUUAUAUCAAAACUCAUUGCACAAAUGGCGAGACCGACAUGGAUAAUGCCGACUUCACGCGAUUCAUGGUUUCAUCGAAAGGAAAUGGCAUCGACUUCAAUGGAGAGAUAAUUCGCACUUGCGUCAACUGGCUUGAUGCCAUUAUACUAUGCCAGACCAAGAUGUUCCCAUACAACUACUAUCAAGACUGCUAUGAUAGCGCACUGAUCGAGUCACCAGUCCAGCCUCCUCCACGAUCGCGAGCGGAUUUCCAGGGAACGUCAUAUAUUUCGGACAAUACUGCGAACCUCAUCAACUACAUCUCAACUGAUAGCCAGUGGGGUUAUCCAUGUUGGAACGAAAUAGCUUUGAUGAAUUAUUCGAACAGAAGGGACGUU